UGGUUUGGCUCGUGCGUUAGGGGCUUGAGUAUUAUUAAACUCGCGUUUGUUCUCCUUUCCAGAAACUAUCUACCUGGUAUCGGUAAAACCGAUGGUAUUCUGCCUGAAAAAGUUGGGUGCAACUACACAGAAACAGCUACAUAUAUUUUUAUAAAAGCAAGAUUUUUUUGAAUGAAUACUGCUGGUACAUGAGUGUUUCUGGCUGCAGUGAAACUGAGCCAGGCUAUUUCUUUGCUGAAAAUGUCCUUCCGAUUUAACUUUUCCUUUGGAGAAGACRAAAGCAGCGCCGCAGAGGCCGCUGCGGCGCCAGAGCUGCAGCCGGGCGCUCCCCGGGAGGAGCUUGGUGCCACAUGYGGGGAUGCGACCCCGUCGGGGCAGCCCCGCAGCCUCAAGGCUGCCAAAGAGCACCGCGYUCCUGCAGAUGCUGACCAAAUACUGCAAGGUAAAACGAUGGAAGUGGUGGCGGGGCUGUAUUCCGUAAAGAUAUCCACGGUGGAAAAGCAGCUUUUGGAUGGCUUGUGUGGAGAAGAUGCCGUGUCUAAAAGCAUUCUGGCUCACUCUGACCUCGUCCCAGGUGCGUACGAGGGAGGGCUCAAGAUCUGGGAAUGYACCUUUGAUCUCAUGGAUUACUGCUCCGAGACUGAAAUGCAGUUCACUGACAAGACUGUGUUGGACCUCGGUUGUGGUGCUGGACUCCUAGGAAUAGUCGCCUUGAGGGGCAAAGCUAAAGAAGUCCAUUUCCAGGACUACAACAGCACCGUGAUCGAGGAAAUAACCUUGCCUAACGCCAUGGCUAACUGUAGAGUUGAUGGAGAUGAUGGAAAAAUUAGCAAGCCUCCUUCAAAGAGGCUCAAGAAAGCAAAAUGCUCCCCUGAUCUGCUCACCAAAUGCAGGUUCUUUUCUGGAGAAUGGUCCAAAGUCAGUGAGCUCCUGCUAAGCAGCAGCAAACCCUUUUCAAAGUAUGAUCUUAUUCUUACAUCCGAGACCAUCUAUAAUCCAGAUUACUAUGGCACUUUACACGAUGCGUUGGCUCAGCUGUUGGCUAAAAAUGGACGUGUGUAUCUGGCAAGCAAAGCCCAUUACUUUGGGGUUGGGGGCGGUGUCCCCCUCUUUGAGAAAUUCAUCGAGGAGAGGAAUGUGUUCAGGACUAACACGGUUAAAAUAAUCGAUAAAGGACUGAAGCGCUUCAUCAUUGAAAUGACCUUUAAAGUUUCCAAUUAAAUUCAAGCCACUUUUUCCUCAAAAAAAAAAAAAAAAAAAAAAAUCUUGAGAAAUGUUUUAAUCUUCCCUGCCUUUCUUGUGUUGAGGUUAUUCCAAAUUGAGAAGUUGAGGUUAUUCUGUUCCUUAUAUAUGAAUAAGGUUGUUUUGUUGAGGUUAUUCUGAAUUGAGAAGUCUCUUUACUAGAGACUGAACUGUUUGAUUAAAUUCUAAUGUCUGUCUGCACAUCAAGGUCUGUUUUCAUUCCGCUUUUGUGUAGAGAAAUGGACUACUGCUUAUCCUGGUACUUCUUAUGUCACUAAAUUGUUAAUUGUCACUUGUGUAGAUACUUGAAAGAGAAGUGGUUCAAGAACCCCUGAUCCUCCUCAUUUUUUUGGCAYUGUCAAAAACUUAAGUUAUAGAAGUGGCUGCUGAGUACAGCUUGCAAAAGGUGAUUUAGUAUCCCAAUAGCRCAGAGAAAGAAGU